AUGGCUUCUUCAUUCUCAACUCAAUUUCUUCAAUCUCACAACACACUUUCUCAUCUCCAGGGUAAUUUUAGACAAGAUGUGUCUCUGUUUCAAAGGUCACAAACCGUAUCACGGAUUGGUUACACCAAAUCAUUGUCAUCAAAAUCACGUUUUUCUUUGAAGUUGUCGACCACGCAACAAUCUGGAGCAAAGUCAAUUAGAUAUAGCAGAGUUACAUGUGCUGCUGCUGAAAAUGUUCAAGAGCUGCAAGCCAAAGUGACUACCAAAUGCUUCUUCGAUGUAGAUAUUGGGGGUAAAGCUGUCGGCACAAUUGUUUUGGGCUUGUUCGGAGAGGUUGCUCCUAAAACCGUUGAAAAUUUCCGCGCUUUGUGCACAGGAGAAAAAGGAUAUGGUUACCAAGGAUGCUCCUUCCAUCGCGUAAUCAAAGAAUUCAUGAUUCAGGGAGGGGACUUCACUGAAGGAAAUGGAACUGGCGGAAAGAGUAUCUACGGUUCUAGUUUUGAAGAUGAGAGUUUUGAUUUGAAGCAUGUUGGUCCUGGAGUUUUGAGCAUGGCCAAUGCCGGUCCUAAUACCAAUGGUAGUCAAUUUUUUAUUUCCACCGUAAAGACUCCAUGGUUAGACGAUCGGCAUGUUGUGUUUGGACAUGUCAUUGAAGGAAUGGAUGUUGUGAGGACACUUGAGUCUCAGGAAACAAGCAGGUUAGAUAUCCCUGUGAAGCCUUGCAGAAUUGUUAAAUGCGGAGAAUUGCCUCUAGAUGGUUGA